AUGGGUACAUCGCUCAGGGAGAAAAAGAGAGACAAAGACUUAGAGAGAGAGAGAGAGAGAGAGAGAGAGAGAGAGAGAGAGCAUAGAGAUAGAGAGAAAGAAGAUAGGGAUAGAGAAGAUAGAGAGAGGGAGAGAGAGAGAGAGAGAGAGAGAGAGAGAGAGAGAGAGAGAGAGAGAGAGAGAGAGAGAGAGAGAGAGAGAGAGAGAGAGAGAGAGAGAGAAAGAGAA